ACAUUUAUUUAUUCAACUAUGAAUAGAGGAACCAUUGUGUUAGAUAUUGACGAAGCAGAAUAUCUCUUGGACCAAUUAGGUGCACCAGAUCAAGAUGAAGACCCACUUGUUACAAAGUUGAGAAAUAGAUUAACUUUAUUUUUAAAAGAAAUUCGUAAAGGAGCAGAAGGCUCAGGAAAGAAGGAUUAAUAAGGAAUAAGGGUCUAGGUCCAAAGGAAUAAAACGAUAAACAUGACAAAAAUUUUCCCGCCCAAACCUUUUUUUUUCUUUUCUUUCUUUUUCAUUUUCUUGGGUUUACACUCUCUCUUUAUUAUUAUUAUUAUUAUUAUU